GUGAUUCGGACACAAGGAGCAAUCUCGGAAUUGACUUAAAGACGUGUGUUGCCAUGUCGGCCGCUGCGGGGAUCUCGAAGGAACUUCAACAGGGUGAUCGCGACAGCAACAAGGAGUCGAAAAUACUCUUGUGGAUAUAUGCGUGCCUGGAUGAGGUCAGCAAUACCGAUUAUGACCAGUACCUCAAAGACGGCGUCGCAUUGUGCCAUCUCAUGAAUUUCCUGCAGCCCGGUGCGGUGCCAGGCGCUAUCGAGUCCGGGACGGACCACAAGACGAAGCGCGUCAACAUCGUUCACUUUCUUAGGGCAGUUCAGGCAUACGGUGUCCCGCGGGACCUUCUCUUUGAGCCGGAAGAUCUCCUUUAUCUCAGACACGUCCCAAAAGUUACUCGUUGUUUGUACGCUCUGGGGAAAGCGGCCGAGUCCAAGCCCGAAUAUACUGGACCGAAACUUGGGGAAGAACCGGACGACCCUCUCAAUAUGGCAACACAGCGGAGGGCUGGUAUGCCGGUCGGCGACGAUAUCUACGUUGCACACGUAGAUAUAAGAAGCAAAAUUAAACGGUUGAAGCAACAGGAAGAGGGUCACGUUCCGGCGCCGAAGACUCUUUCGCUUUACCGUUGAACGUCAAGUUCAGACGACGACUUCAUUCGAUCCAGUCAGCUUGCCUCGGAAGCUCGCAAGUAAA